UUCCCUACCCAACCGCUAUCCUUACGUGUCCUUCACCAUCACACAAAGCAUCUCCACCACAAAUAUUCUUUCUCAAAUCCCCAUUUUAAGCGCCUCUCUUUCUCCUUCACCUCAUUUACCCAUUUACCAUUCUUGCUUUCCUCUCCCAAAAUGGAGUCUGUUGCCUCCAGCUCAACCGACACUGACGACCACCACCAUCCCCGCUCCCAAUCUCGCUUCCGACUCACCCAGCCCGUCACGGACCGCAUCGGCCGAGCUCUCCGCCACCAGCUCCGCCUCCUCCACCGCUCUGACUCUCUCUUUUUCAUAUUGGGGGCCACUGGAAAUGUUUACACCAUUAACUUAUCAUCCGCCCCGUCAUGCACGUGCCCUGAUCGGAUUACCCCGUGCAAACAUAUAUUAUUUGUGUUUAUACGAGUUCUGGGUGUUUCUGUUGACGACACGUGUCUCCGGAGGAAGACUCUCCAUCCCUGCAAGCUCAACCGUUUACUUGCUACGCCCACAUUGCCGGACGCACUGGCGGGGGCUAGCCUUCGUCAUAGAUUUCAUCAGCUGUUCUUUCGGGCGAGGAAUGAAAAUGGCUCAGAGCAAUCGAUUGAAAUAAAAGACGGAAGUAUGUGUCCGAUAUGUCUUGAAGAAAUGGGAAAACAAGAAAGUGUGGUGGCUUGUGGCACGUGUAGAAACGUGAUUCAUGAAGAAUGCUGGAUGACGUGGAAGAGAAGUAGAGGAAGGAGAUCCGUUGUCUGCGUUAUUUGUCGUUCAAGGUGGAGGGAUAGGAGAGAUCAAGAGAAAUAUCUGAAUUUGGCACCUUAUUUCAGAGAGGAAGUUGAAAAUGCGGCGGAGGCAAGCGGCAGCCUCUGCGGCGGUUAGCUAGGCAUGCAAAAAUUAUAUGGAUCUAAUGUAGAAGACUAAGUUGAAUCAGGUUUAAGCUUGCUGAUUCUUGGCUAUUUUUAUGCCACUUUAUCACUUUGACACGGCAAGUUCUAUUGGAAGGUGGUUUUAUGCAUAUACACGAAAGGGCAUUGAUGGCCCGCACAACUAGUCCUACUUGAUUACUAACAAUAGAUGAAGGCUUUGCCCAAUUUGGUAUUAAAUCGUGGUGCGGCUAACCAUGAGAGGAAAAGUAAGAAGAAAGUUGAGAUAGAAGUCUGGUAGAAGAGGAUCUCGUCAUCAGAGUGGAAGACUAAUUAGAAAGAAAAGAGAAACACCUUGUUGGUUAUUAAAGUUGAGUUGUCCUUCAAGUUCAAGAUGAUUUUCUUUUUCGUCUUUCUUUGC